AAGCAUUACGAACCCAUCAUCCAAAAAAAACACUAACAUAAUUUCUUAUAGUUUUGGUUCGAGAGAAGAAAAUCAUUCUCAUCAUCAUCAUCAUCAAAAGAAAUUAAUUAAGCCAUUAAUUAAUUAUGAAGAACAGCAACGGUAAUUACAUGCCUCCGGUUCGCCAUUAUUAUGGCCCAAUUAAUCCAAAUGAAAUUAGAUCAUCAGAGAAGGUAAGAGGCUAUACCACUAAUAAUAAUACGACGUCGUUUAAUGGUGCAGAGAAGAAAGAAACGACAAGCAGUAGUAAUUAUAAGCUAGAGAGUAAGGCGUCGAUGGAUAUUAAUGAAAGUGCAGAUGCUUUCAUCAAAAAGUUUAGGCAACAACUCUUGAUUCAGAGGCUCGAUUCCAUUGAUAAUUACCACCAAAUGCUUGCUAGAGGCCUCUAAUUAAAUACUAAUUAUUAUUAUAUCAUAUAAUAUUUAUUCUAUAUGUAUUUUUUUUUUUUUGGUUUGCUUAUGAAUUAAUAAUGUCUUAAUUAAUAAUCUCCCUCUUAAGGAACUUUGAUGUAUAUUUUUUUUAGAGGGGAUAUGAUCAUCAUGAUCGAAAUAAGCAUAUAUUAUAUGAGUGUGAACAAUAAUUAACAUGUACAACGUACCUUUUCAUAAUAAGCAAAUAAUACAUGAAAUUAAUAUUAUAUGUA